AUGGACAGCGACCGAAGGAUGGCGAAACUGAGAGCAGGUAGAGAAAACGAGGCACUCCUGAAAGAGUUCGGUCUGGCCUCAAAAUGCAUGUACCUGGUGGCUGGUACCGUUAUUGCUGGACAAGACUGCGGUGUUCGUUAUUUCAAGGACAAUCAGCGAGUUAUGGGAUAUAUUUUGCUUGAAGAUCGAAGCGAUUGGUCCAGUGGAAUGCAGGUGGAAAUAAAUCCUCUGUAUUUGGUGGAUCUCGACGACGAAUGCGAUAUUUCGCACGCGGUGGAGCUGGUCGGAAAAUGCUAUCCGAUGUACGUUGCAUUGUACGAGAUGGCACGAGUAACGAGCGAGGAUACUGUGCUAGUUUACUCACCGGAGGACGUAGCCACUUCCUACUUGUUGUACAACUUAUGCCAAUCGUUUGGUCUUAACUGUACUGUAGUUGCUGACGAUGACCUGCAAGCGAUGCGGCUGAAAUCGAACAAUGUGAAUGCCGGUGAAGUGAACAGCUGUUCUUCUUCGUUUCGUUAA